GAUGAUGACCCAGGUAAAAGUAAGGCUUGGUUCUAUUAUAGUUUCAAGACAACUAAAUAAUAAUGUACACAACUCUAGUAUCUAGAGAGAUUGUUAACCAGAAUCUCCAUUGGGAGGACCUUGUUGAACUCAUCAUCAUGCAAGCAUACCUCAGGACAGUGGCAGUCCCAGUUGAUCAGAUGAACCCCAAUUGGGGGUCUAGAAUGAAGUCAAAUUGCCCCAUCAACAAUCACCAAGUGAAAGAGUUAUCAACUCUGUUCAUGGAUACUAGUUGCACAGCCAACAACUUUGCUAGAAUGGUUGGAUUGCCACUACCUGAAGUUUUGGAAAAGCACAAGAUGGGAGGAUAUAGAUUCAGAGCCAAACUCAGCUACUUCCCAACAGGUAACACAACUGGCCAGGACAUUGCAUUGUACACUGGUCAACAUCACCAU